UUGUCAUCGUCAGCAGUGACAGGAAGCGUCGACUCUCAUUUUCUCGUGCAGGAUGUUUUAUUUGAGCAGCUGCUGAUAUUUUAAACGCACCUUUGAUGAGCUUCUUUUUUUAAAAACACAUUAGCUACCUGGCUUUUAAAAAAGAAACUUUGUUUAUUUGGUGAGUUAGAAAGUUACUGUAACGUGUUGAGGAGGGGGAAUAUAUAGAUAUAUUUAGAGCUGGACAUGACUUCUGGAGGUUUGGGGCUUGCCGAGAGCCUGGGUCAAGACAUCAAUCAGGAGGAGCUGGACUUUAACGACCUUUUUAUGUAUAAUCCACCUGGAGAGGAUUUUGGCUGUGACAAGGAUGAUCCAGGUGCCCUCUUUCAGAAUGACAAGCAGCCUCCUGUGCUGGUGUACGACCAUCACACUGAGUACGUGUCCAACUCCAGCCAGAACCCCUCCUCUCACAGCGCCACCAAAGAGAACCUGUUAGGGGGCGUGUACGACUCUCUGGGGCUGGCGUCAAGACCAGGGAACAUACCUGCUCCCAGCCCCAGGAUUGAGAUCACUCCGUCAGGCGACUCUCUCAGCUCUCAGACCCUGCAGCUCAGCCCUGCCUCCAAAGUCCUGGGAGCCUACAGGGAGUGUGUGAGCCCUGCCAGCAGCAACUCCUCCACAGGGUGGCCAGUGGAGUCAUACUCCCCUGUGGCAUCACCAUGCAUCUCACCUUCCGUUGUCGGUGGCUGUGGCAUGGGGUUGUCCGCCUUAGACCUCUGCCCCGGCCUCCAGGGCAUCCACACUUCCUCUGCCCACUCCUCUCCGGGGGCCUCGCCUCGCAACAGCAUCAUAGACGAGACCUUUCUCCUGCCGCAAACCCAACACGCCGCUGCAUCCUUUCCCCAACAGCGCUCUCGGUCUGUCUCGCCACAUGGAAAGCGAGCCUAUGAGCAGGCCCACUCCUGCCAGGGGGGCACCCCUGUCAAGCAGCGCUCCCGGAGCCCAAGCCCCAUCCCCUCGCCGCAUGAGCAACAGGGGUCCCACUACCUUCACCAAUACCAGGCCCAAGCUGAGUUUCAGGCCCAAGUUCAGACCGCCUCCCCGAGUCUGGAGGAGGAAUGGAGCUCCGGUCUGUCCAGAGCAGCGCCCUCUGUAGUGGUGCAAAGUGCACACGGGCAGGCCCAGAGGCAGGACUGUGUGUAUGGAGAGGUAUACGACUGGGCCGUUGAGCAGGAGAGGACUGACAGGGCUGGAGCUGGGAUCAAGCCUGAAGCCAUCUAUAUGGUCCCAGCGGUGUGGCCUCCUUCUCAUCCAUACCAUCACACAACAUUCAGUGGUCUCUCUGUGGCCCCCUUUCUCUCUUUCGAGUGGUCAUUGCCCAGUGAGUCUGGUCAGUAUGAACUACUGAUGGAGCAACAGCCCAGAUCUCAUCACAGAGCUCACUAUGAGACUGAGGGCAGCCGCGGGGCAGUGAAGACACCUAAAGGAGGGCAUCCGGAAGUGCAGCUCCGUGGGUAUCAAGGCACAGCUCCUCUGGGGCUGCAGGUCUUCAUAGGGACAGCAGACGAGAGGCUGCUGAAACCCCACGCCUUCUACCAGGUCCACCGCAUCACUGGCAAAACAGUCACCACGCCCAGCAUGGAGAGGAUGAUCAACGGGACCAAAGUGCUGGAGAUCCCUCUGGAGCCGAAAAACCACAUGAGAGUCAUGAUUGACUGUGUUGGGAUCCUGAAGCUGAGAAAUGCCGACAUUGAACUGAGGAACGGUGAGACGGACAUCGGACGAAAAAACACGCGCGUGCGUUUGGUGUUCCGUGUCCACAUUCCAUCCGGAGGCCAACUCGUGUCUCUUCAAGUUGCCUCUGAUCCUAUCGAAUGCUCCCAGCGUUCAGCUCAGGAGCUCCCUUCGGUUGAGAGGCAGGACCUGGACCGAUGCUCAGUACUCGGUGGACAACAAAUGGUCCUCACCGGGCAAAAUUUCACUCCUGACUCCAAGGUGAUGUUCUCUGAGAAGACACAAGACGGGCAGCAAAUCUGGGAGGUGGACGCGACUGUGGACAAAGACAAAACACAGGCGAACAUGCUGUUCGUUGAGGUCCCUCCGUAUCGGGACUCGACCAUUUGCCACCCAGCCAAAGUCAACUUCUAUGUCAUCAACGGGAAGAAGAAACGCAGUCAGCCGCAGCACUUCGUCUACACUCCUGUGAUAGCCAUUAAAGCGGAGCCUCCUGAAGAUUAUCAGUUGAAUUCAUAUGGCUACUCAGAUAACUGGUCGCUGUCUGGCCUGUCGGUCAAGUCACGCUACCAUCACCAGGAGCAGGACAACAACCUUGAGGCCGUCAAUGUUUCUCCGACCAUGUACCAUCUAGCCACUGUCGGCCCCAGAGUCCACGUGUUAACACCCGAUCCGCUGGAUGACCAGUCGGCCUAUUACCAGUCCAGAUCCGGCUCUCUGCUCAACAGUGCCAUGCUGUACCACACCGCGAACCAACAUUACAGCAGCUGCGGUGCCACCCCGCUGGGCAGCUCCCCAAUGGCCUCCCACUCUGCCUCCACUCCCAGCCAGUGCGUCGGUACCAGAAGCCCUGCGGGUAAACCCAUCGAAGGUCCUCAGGUCGGUGACACCUUCGAGGCCUGUUUGACGUCCAGGCAGCAGACAACGCUGCCACUGGGGAAGUCCCCUCCUUCAAGAUACAUCCACGCUCAAGCUCAAGCGAAGGCCGGAUGCAGAGCAGACGCAGGUGGAGGAAACCACGAGGAUUGGCCUCCAGAGAGGGUCACGGUCAAGCAAGAGAACCUCAGCUAUGCCUACCUGGAGGAUGUGAAUGACAUCAUAAGAAGGGACCUGAAAGGCCACAAUGGAGAGUGAACGUGGAGGCCUGCAGCAGCCUUGACGUCCAUCACAUUCAACGUUUAAGCAGUUCAAACAUAAUCUGAAGACUUCAGCAUCUAUAUACAUAUAAAAUCUUUAUUGUCUCAGAGGAAGCUUGUACCUGUAAUGUUUGCUAUUGAAAAAUUAUGCUGAAUUAAAGAAACAUUUAAGGCAAACAGAGAGGAAGAAAUGAAUCAACAAGAGGCUUAUGUUGACAGUAAUUCAAGAGUACAUCAUUUUUCUGGGUGGUUUUUCAUCAUCCAAACAUUUUAAAUCAAAGAAUUGGUCAGCUCACUGUUACUUUGUUAUAUUGUUUCGCCUCUGCAAAGAUAGAAGUACAUUUACCUUUGUUUGAUUUCUCUUUGUUUAUAUAUUUGUACAACUGCUAAUUGUAAGCAUGUGUAAAUAUUGUUAUAAUAAAUUUGUUUAUAUGAA